AUGAAACUGAGAGACAGAACGAAGCGUGUUUUAGACAACGUCAAGCAAGAGGAUCGCAAACCUGCUUUCACUGCUGCUGAAUCACCCGCCUCUAUAACUACUGACAACAACAUUUUUGACCUCACUAUCAAACAAGAAGACGCAAAAGACUAUGAAGACUUGUCAGAGCAGCAUGGAGAAUUUGGCGAGAGAGACUAUUACUACCGCUGUAACAUAUGCAAAAGGAGGAUGGCAAAUCUCAAAUCAGUGUUGGAGCAUCGAAAGUCAAUCCACGUUGACUGCCGUUGGAGCGUCACGAUGAUCAGAAACAUAGACACUGAACCUGAUGUAAACGAUCCUAACUUUCACUGCAAAUCAUGCGAAGCAGAUUAUGGUGGCGAAAAGCCGUACAGACAGCACCUACGGAAUGUUCAUCACAUGGUCCUGAAGUCCAAAUUUGCAAGGUGUGCACCACAAAAUGGCAUUGUUCCUGAUCCUGACGAUCCAAACCUUUAUUGCAGAGCAUGCGAUUAUACUUACAAGCAAAAGUACGGCUACAAAGCUCAUUGUCGGUAUGCCCAUGGAGUGAAGCCUGUCGAACUCGCAACUCAAAAAUCUACAUCAAGCAGUAUGGAUACAUAUUGCCAAACCUGCGACAAACGUUUAGCGACCAUGGGAUCUUACCGCAAACACAUUUUUGUUACACACAAAAUGGAUAGCAAAACGGCACAACGAAAACAAGGCAACAUUUUACCAAAUGCGAAUGAUCCCAACUCUUACUGCCGUUCUUGCGAGAAGAAGUUUGCAAGCAGAAAGUCCUUCAAAAAGCAUUUACUGGCCGUACACUCCAUUUGUCUGUCAGCACCACGCAAGAAAAGCAGCUUGGAACCAGAUGUUGACGAUCCUAAUUUCUAUUGUCGUUCAUGCAGGCAUACUUACAGUAACAAGUAUAUAUAUCGAAACCAUUUGAGAAGGCUUCAUGGCAUGAACCUGAAAUCAUUGAGGCGCUCCAUGAACACUGGUAUCUUACCUGACUGGAACGAUCCAACUCUCCACUGCACAUCUUGCGACCGAACAUAUAAAUCAAAAUCAAAAUACGCUGCUCACUGUAAAAAAGUUCAUAAAAUGAAAGAAUCUGCAAGACCAGCAAAAGUUCCAGAUUCCAAUGACCUCCCCAACUAUUGCAGAAUAUGCGAUUUUUCAUACGAGACAAGGCAUGAAUACAAUGUACAUUGUCUGAUUGCGCAUGAUAUCAAGCCUGCAGAGUUAUUUGUCAAUCUAGAGGCCACCGCAGACACCGAAGAUCCAAAUCAUUAUUGUUCCUGGCCCCAACCAUCCAAGCUUUCAUUGGAGUGUUUGCGACAAUAA